ACCUGGGUGAAUACAUGUUUGUACCAUAGAAGAGCACAUCGGAGUCAUUUAUACUAUGUGGUACAUCGGUGAUGUUGUUUCCAUGACAGCGUUGAUACUCAUAAGCGCUACCAAUGGCCAUCGCUGACAGUAUCCAACUAAGGAUAACUUUCAACGCCGAUGUGCCUGGCCUGGAUGAGCUCGAUCAGUUACUCGUAAAUUGUAACAAGGAUGGAAUAGUAGAAGCAGAUUUGUACCAACCUUCUGAAUUGUACUCUGGAUAUACUGGAGGGGUACAAGAUCCCAGUUAUACCGACCCUCCAUGGUUGUUCAACAAAGAUUCAGUAGACAUAUCGCACAAAGAUGGAAAUACCGUAGUAAGAUUCCAGUCAGACUGGGCGCAAUUCGAACUAUCGGGCACUGAUAUAAGGCGCCAAAGUGAUAGUGCCAUAGUAGCUAUAUAUGGUCAGGUGGACAACUGGCCGGGAAACUUACCAGGCGACUGUGAUACAGUCAGCCUUAUGAAUUACAUAUUCUCACUCAAGGGGUCCUUCAGCCUUAUAUACAUAUCGUUCCUAACGAACGUGGUAUAUAUCGUUAAGGACGAGAUGGGAUUCAAAUCUAUGCUAAUAUCUAUCCAGGAUAAAAGCAUCACAAUCGCAAAUGUAGCAACCAGCUUGGGCCAAAGGUGGUAUGAACUGCCACCAAAUUUUAUGGUCACCUUAGGUAAUAGGUGGCAGACGGUCCCAAGACCAAUGUCUAAUCUGUUCUAUCUCAGGAACGCCAGGAAGCUGUUAUAUAAUGAAGUUGCACUACACGACAUUGAGGAAGCCAUUACUAAGGUGACGUACAGCCUAGCCAAUGCAGUGAAGCAACUAUGCGACAAACGGACGCAACGCGACCGUGUUACUCUUUUGUUUUCCGGUGGUUUAGAUUCAGCGCUUCUAGCGGCCAUGGUUGCCAAGCAUGUGCCGGGUAUAGACUUCAUAGAGCUCAUUAAUGUGGCAUUCAAGCCUAAGGUGGCUCCCGAUAGGAUCACGGCGUUGUGCACCUACGAGGAGCUCAAAACGCUUUUCCCUGGUGUCAAGUUUAACCUCGUAAUGGUAGACGUGAAUACCGAGGAUUACAAGCAAGUGGAGAGCCUUGUUUUCUCCCAGGUAAUGCCAAAUAACACCCAUAUGGACUUGAAUAUCGGAGCGGCGUUACACUUCGCGGCAUCACUGAGAGGCACUAUCCUGGACCCUGAGGUGCUGAACACCCCUGAGUGGCACGUGGUUAAACAGAACUUAACGCUGCUAAAAAGUGUCAACAUCAGGGUUACCGUGUCAUUGAAGGGGGAUGGUACCGUUAUAAAUGACAAGGUUGACUUGGGUCCACCAACAGAGGUCACCACAGAAAAGGAUAAGCUGGGAACCCCCAAAAAGCAGUUAAAGAAUGACUAUGACUACGACUCGUAUGAUACUAUAGAGGGUCUUACUGAUACGCUAAGGUCUAGGAUCAUACAGAGCGGCCGUUCAUCGGAGCAUGUUAACUAUAGAUCGAUAUCCAGGGAGGUCCUGGUAGGUAGUGGUGCCGAUGAGCUGUUUGGUGGUUACGGCAGACAUACGGUCAGGCACUCACCGGAAGAUGAGCUUUAUUCCCAUGAAGUGGACAAGGACAUAAAGAGGCUAUGGAAGCGUAAUUUAGGGAGGGACGAUCGAGUUGUGAAUGCCCAGGGGAUAAGGGCCCUUUAUCCAUAUCUACACCCUGGUUUAAUAGAGACUUUAGUCGAUUUAAAAAUAAACCCUGCCACUUCCAUAGACACCCUCCAGUGCCCGGAAUGGUUCAAGAGUCUGGGAGUAUAUAGGAAUAUAGAGUACAGCACCUUCCGGAAUUCCGAAUUCCUGGGUGAAGCCAGUAGAAACGUGACGGUACAGCUAAACAAGUGGAUACUACGGGAAAUAGCGUUCCGCAUGGGCUUGAGGAUGUGCGUCCAUUUCAAGAAGCGCGCUAUACAGUUUGGCACCAGGAGUGCCAAGAUCUUCAAUACCCUAAGAGGCAUGUCAAACAGAGUUGCCAGCGACAAGGGAGCUGCAGUUAUUUCCCACGAAGGAUUGUAGCCCAUAAGGCUA